AUGGAGCUCCAGGCCGGCGAAACCAAGCAGAGGAAGUCUGCCAAAAAGAAGACCAAAUCGCCAUCAGUCACUUCCUCCAGCCAUCACAAACCAUGGCGUGACAUCCAGCAUUCGGGUCACUCUGAUCGCGGAGUUCCUGAGGACAACAGCUCGAUACACGCCGACUCACCCGGUCCCACAGCUGAUUCACGCAAAACACCAGCUAAGUCACUGCAACAUUCACUCCGAGCGCGUCUGAGCUCUCCCGAGCAACCAGCAGCUCCUUCCAACGAAAGCUCGAAAUUGUCUAGUAACCAGUUACCAGCACCAGCAGCUCCUUCCCACGAAAGCUUAGAAUCUUCUAGUAAUCGGUUACCAGGAUCUGGAGCUCGCUCCCGGAGAUUGUUACACUCUUCUGGUGACCAUGUACCAAGAACACGCUCCAGUGAUGACCCGUCGUCUACACCAAGCGAGGUGACUUCUGAGUCGACUCAAAAGUCUGCAGCUCGCUCUCGGAGGUUGUUACACUCUUCUGGUGACCAUGUUCCUAGAGCGCGCUCCAAUGAUGACCCGUCGUUUACACUAGGCGAAAACACCUACCACGCGGCAGUGACUGAUGACGAGAAGCGGAACUCGGGCGCACGGGGCGGCCUGAAGUCUUCAAAUAGGAACAAGGGCGCGUCGGCUAGUGGCAUGUCGUCUCUACCUAGCAAAGAAAAGAGCAGGACAGUACGCUCUUCGCAUGUGUCCAGAUGCAGAGAAUCUGCGACUCUACAGUCCACCACCACAUUGUCUGAAUCUGGUCGUGCGGGCCCACCAGCAGGGCCUGACGAGCGACAGGCACUGACUGCCUCUGGCGCUGAGGCCGAGGAUCUUCAGGUUCCUCCUCCCGAACGCCAGGCUCUGGCUGCCUCUGACGCUGCGGUUCCUAAGGUUCCUUCGGACGAGCGAAGGCUGCUCGCUCCUGUCACUCCGUCGCAACUAGCCGAACCCCCUUUGCCCUCCUCCUCUACCUCAGUUACUGGCCUUGCCUCGUCGUCUAUCCGCCAGAACCGAGAUCAGCUGCCCCAGAAGCAGCAGCAGCAGCAGCCAUUACUGCAGCAGGAGCAGCAGGUGCUGGUACUUCAGGAGCUGCAUGCGGAGGGCUCUUGGCGGCGGUCCGUGAAGCGAAAGGUGGAGAGCGUGGAUGGGGACAACAAAGGGGGCGGUUUCAGAGCGAACGAUGACUGGCCCUGCAGCGCAGUGCAAGGCGGUGGUGGUGCUGUUGGUGGUGGUGUUGGGCAUGGUGCUGGUGUUGGUUCUGUUGAUGGUGGUGGUGGUGCUAGUGUCCGCGCUCAUGUGGCGUGGGUGGCUGGAGAAUUACAGGCCUUGCAGCGACUCGCGCAGCAAGGAAGGGUGGAUCCUGAAAGUUCAGGAGCUGGUUCUGUGCAGCUGGAUGCGGUUGAGAGGGGUGGGAUCGCGGGAGAAAGAGUAAUUACAGGGGAAGAAGGGCCGGAAGCAGAGAGUCGGGCAGAUGUUCGGGAGGUGGAGAAGGUUGGGGAAGGGGAGACAGAGCAAUUGCAGCUGUUGCUGCAGCUGCAGCAACGACUGAAUGUGCUGACGAAUCAGAUAGCACGCCGACUCAGCAUGCAAGUGUUCACCAACAAUCUUCCUGAUACACAGACUUCCAGAGAGGUUCCUGUCAUCACGAUUGACCAGCCCGCGGGAAAUGGGGUACUCUAUAGCGAGGAUAAAUGCAACAGCAACGGGUUCUUCAUUGAUGGUUUCAAUGAGGAGAAAGGAGCGGAAUGGGGGGAGAUUCAGAUUCAGGAGAAAUCGGUUGAGAGGAAGCAAAAAGCGAAGAAGCAGGGAGAGAAGACGCAUGAAGAGAAUGGACAUGAAGAGAAGAAGCAUGAAGGGAAGAGAGGCAGCGGGGCGGAGAAGGCGCGUAAAGGAGUGAAUGCCGGACAGAAGGAGGUGAAAUCGAGCAGGAAAACUAAAGAGGGAAAAAGCGGCAAAGUGAAAAACAGCGAAGCAGCAGGAGUAGCGGGAGCUAUGGUUGUGGAGUAUACAGCUGCUGCUGCUGCAGCUGGAGAGGAAUCAGCAGUGGUCACAGCAGGAAGGGAAUCAGCAGCUUUUGUAGCUGAAGAGGUGGCAAAUGCUGUAUUGGCCGGCAGGGUGGAUGGGCUGAAUGGUAGUUUGGGUGAGCCGAAUGGUGGUGCAGAUGAGCUGACCCAGCAGGCAGGCAAGCUGGGUGGCCACGGAGAGAAUCAGACAAGGCAAGAAGACGGGCGGAGUGGGCAGGUAGCUGAGGCGAGGGGCCAAGUGGCUGGGCCGAGCGAACAGGCAUGCAAGCUUAACGCGCUGGAAGAAGGAGGGUGGACUCAGCAGGUGGAUGGGGCUGGCAGUGGGGAGUCUGAGCGCUGGGGAACGCAGCAGCCGCUGGGGCCGGUCGGGAGGGGGUCGCCUGGAUGUGAUGUUGUGGUGAGAGCUGCAAGCGUGGAGUCGGUUCAGAAUGGAUACUCAGACGUGGAUGAGCGAAAACAGAGAGGUGGAGGGAAGGGAGUGGAUGGAGGCAGCGAGAGAGGGAAAAGCAAGGAGGGAGGUGGAGAGGGAGAGGGGGUUGGGGAUAGGGAUGUGAAUGGAGGCAGAGAGAGAGGGGAAAGCAAGGAGGGAGGUGGAGAGGGAGAGGGGGUUGGGGAUAGGGAUGUGAAUGGAGGCAGAGAGAGAGGGGAAAGCAAGGAGGGAGGUGGAGAGAGAGAGGGGAGCAAGGAUAGGGAUAUGAAUGAAGGCAGAGAAGAAGUUGAUUGUAACGGGGUGUUACUGAAUGGUUGGGCUGCUGAUGAAACAGAUCAGGCUGUUGCUGCUGAGGGUGUGGGGGGCGGUGGUGGUGAAACAGCUGGGGCAGAAACGACGCAUGCAAAGGCAAAGGCAGAGGAGGCAGCAGAAGGUUUCGAAACCGAAGUGGCAGAAAGUGCAGUGGGGCGAGCAGCAGACGUUGCUGCGGACGAUGCAGCAGAUGGUGCGGCAGUCAUAGAAGCCAUUGUAUCACCGGGGAGAAAGGCAACAGAAGCAGCGCAGACAAUGGGGGCAGGCGCGGUUGUGGUGGCUGGUGCAGGAGGGGCAGACACGGGUGGAGAAGGCGCAGAAGAUGAAUCCAUAGCAGGAGCAGAAGAAACGGCAGCAGACAGUGAUGCAGGAGGGGAAGCAGGGGCACAAUCAGAUGCAGACACAGAGGGAGAAGCAGAGGCAGGUGACGAAGCGGAGACUGCGAGUGGUGCGCCCUGUUCCCCUUCCCCCUCUCGGCAACGAGCGGCCACUGGAAGCUUCCGUGACUUCCUGGACUCCCCACCUGCACAUGGGACAGCAGGGGCGGGCGGGUUAGGAGGGCCAGCAGGGCCAGCAGGGCCAGCAGGGGCAGCAGAGUCUCAGCACGGGGGGCAUGGCCCUGUCGUGGAGUCUCCAGAGAAGCAGGGCUCACUGGACUUUGCGGCUGCGAGUGUGGGAGGAAGGGAUGCUAGUGGAGGAAAAGCGGAAGGGGAGAGCAUCAGUGGAGUGGAAGAAAAGCAGGGGACUGAGGGAGGAGAAAGCGGUGGGUUCGGGCCUGCUUCUGUCUUCUCUCCUGCUUCUGCCUUCUCUCCUGCUUCUGCCCGCUCUCCUGCUUCUGGCCGUUCCCCUGCUCCCGCCCGCUCGCCCGCGUUUCCUCGUUCUGAGACUGUCCCAGCGCCCUCCUCCCACGACUCCCCUGCAGACGAGGAGGAAAGGACGCCCAGAGGCCGGAACCACACAAAGCACUCCUCUGCUGCAGGCGACUUGUCAACCAGCAACACUGCAGCAGCAACAGGAGCAGGGGCAGCAGUAGGGGCAACAGGAGCAGGAGCAGCAGUAGGGGCAGCAGGAGCAGCGGGUGGCAUUCCAGUGAGGGACCUCUCCUCGCGUCCCUGUGACCUCUCAGUGGCUCUGCUUCGCACCGUGGCGUCUGUAUACAUGAGGCACGGCACGCACGUGCCGCUGCCUCCCGCCUUCUGGGAUGAGAGGGGCGUGAACGUCUCAGGCCUGCACCAGGGGCUCAAAUCCCGCGCCCCUGCCUUAGAUCCCGCUACUCAGGACUCUGGCGGCGCUGGCCCUCCUCCUGCCUUCACUGCUUCUGGCGCUAACAAUACCGGUGGUGGACCUGCUGGUGAUGCGGCUGGGUCGGAGGAUGUGGCGAGGGCUCCUAACAGCAGCAGCACGUCCGAAGGAGAAGAGGCUUUCAGCCCUGAUCAACCCCCAGGCUGCAUGGCCCUCCAAGACUCUACAGCAGUCAAACCUCAGCAAUGGGAGAUAAGUGCUGAAGGGGAGCAGGGGAAUCCUCAGGAGAAAGCCCAGCAGGCGGCCAGUCCGAAGCUGUUUCGGCAGGCGUCGGAGCAGGGAGGGGAGAGGAGAAGCAGCUGGAGGCGAAGUCUAGGGGGGCUAGGAGGUCUGGGAGGGAGUUUGGGAGGAUUGAGUGGGGGGCUUGGGGUGAUGGCAGAUAUGGCUGCCGCCUUCCCUCGCCAGGGCUCCGUGAACAGUGCGCUCAGUGCCAGACGCAGCCAACAAAUGCCGCCCGGGCCAGGCUCCGGGAAGCCGAGAGGGGAUGGCGAAGGGGAAGCAGGGGAAGGAGCAGGGGAGCGAGAUGAUGCAGGAGGGACAGGAGGGAGGGGAAAGGCAGGAGCAAGAGAAGGAAGCAGGGUAAGAGGGCAACGAGAUGAGCCGAAGGAAUCGAAUCCGUCCUCUCCUCAUCUUAAAGCCAAAGCCAGAUUUCCCCUGUCAAUGUCUGUAGGCUCUCAUAACGGAGAUGGUGCUAGGGAGGGUGUACGGGGUGGGUUGCUGAGGCUGUUCCAGGGAGGAACGCGGGGCAGGGAGAAGGGGCAAGAAAGGGCAGCAGCAGCAACAGGCGAGGCGGAAGGCGGUGGAGGUGAGGGAGUUUUAGACACUUGUGGUGUGAAGUCGGGGGUAGAAUCGGUGCAUGAGUGUCUUUCAGCGGGUAAUUCCCCUGAAAUCAGCCCACGGCACCAGAACCUCUGCAACCCCUCCUCUUCCAUUGUGAAGCCAACCCCUGCAACGCCCUCCUCCCUGCAGCGCCCACCUGCUGUGACCCCUCUGGACACUGCCUCACUGCUGUCUGACUCUGACUCCAUCUCCCCCCUCGCCUCCCCGUUCGCCCCUGCUGGCGAUGUGGGCGAGGCGAAAGAAGUGGCGAGAUCAGUGAACGGUGCGGGUCUGGUUGAGAUGGCAGGAGAGUUGAAACUGCAACAGCAGCAGCAAGAACAGCAGGUGCAGGAGCAGCAGCAGCAGCAGCAGCAGCAGCAGCAACAGCGGGAGCAGAAGCAGCGGGAGAAUGAGAAGCAGCUGGAGCAGCGCAGCCCAGGGAAGCCGCUGCAGCUGCCUCCGAAGCAGCUGAGCCAGCGGAGGGUGCUCAGACGAGCAGACAGCAGCGCCCAGUGUGGUGACACCCUUGAGGAGAGAAACCCAGAGAGGAACCAGGAGAGGAACCAGGAGAGGAACCAGGAGAGGAACCAGGAGAGGAACCAGGAGAGGAACCAGGAGAGGAGCCAGGAGAGGAGCCAGGAGAGGAGCCAGGAGAGGAGCCAGGAGAGGAGCCAGGAGAGGAGCCAGGAGAGGAGCCAGGAGAGGAGCCAGGAGAGGAGCCAGGAGAGGAGCCAGGAGAGGAGCCAGGAGAGGAGCCAGGAGAGGAGCCAGGAGAGGAGCCAGGGUUCAGACUCUGACAGUCUGGGAGGCAACAGCGACAAUGGGAGUGGCGGUGGGAGUGGUGGCAAGAGGGACGGUGGGAUUAGCCGUGGGAGUGGUGUUGGUGGUGUGAAGGUCGUGAAUGGAAGGAUGCUGAUUCCGCACUCUCAGUCCGCGCUAGAGACGUCCUCUUUUGCGUUUCAGGAGCACCAGAAGCAGCAGCAGGGACUGGGGAAGGAACAAGGGAGAGGGCAGAUGAUGGUGCAGGGAGGGAGGGCUCCGUUGGUGGGUGCCAUGGCAGGGCGAGGAGCAAGAAUGGGCAGCGGACACGGCACUGCUGCUGCUGCUGCUGCUGCUGCUGCUGCUGCUGCUGCUGCUGCUGCUGAUAGUAGCGGCGGUUCUGCUGCUGUUGCUGGUGGUGGUGGUGGGGGCAGCAGUCUUCCUGGCACCAGUGCUGGGAGGGGAGGUGGAAGAGGAGGAGGCAGGAUGAUGCAGCGUGCACAGAGCAGCAGCACUGCUGAGCUGAGUGCCAUCAGCAGCACCUGGAAGCUCGCAGCAGCAGCAGCACCUGACGGAGUCCCAGGCAGGUACCCGCCUCCCCUGCACCUGCCACCCUUGCACCCCCCUUCAGCGCGCCUCUCCUCCUCGGUGCACCCGUCAACACCCGCCCCUGGUAAGUUUCCCGGUAUGCCUGCUGGUGCGGGGCGCAUGGGUGGUGCGUACAGCAGGGGAUGGAGGGGCGGGGAGGGCACUGAUUCUCUCCUGCCUGCCAGCAACGCUCUCCAAACACAUCUGCCUCUCUCCGGCAUUGACUUUCCCCGCUCCCACACCUUUCAUUCUGGCCCCUCCCGCCCCCAGUUCUCUCAAUCCUCAUAUCCCUCUCAGCCCUCUCACCCCUCUCAGCCCUCUCAAUCCUCAUAUCCCUCCCAGCCCUCUCAGUCCUCUCCUCCUGAGCCCUCUCGUCCUCGGAAGUCCCAAUCGGGGCUGCUCUAUCCCAGAGCGUCCAAAAAGAAUCCCUCGGUCAGACAGCAUCCAUUGGCGCCACUGGAUGUAGGCGCCUCUCUGCCUCUCCACCCUCUCUACGAGUCCACACAGCAGCAGCAGCAGCAGCAGCAGCAGCAGAAGCAGUUCCCACCUGAGUCCACCCCUAACAAUCUGUUAAACCCAACCGCUUCUACCAAGCCAUUUGCCCGGACCAGCUCUACCUCACCCAACCCAAACGGCACAGCCUACCCGGGCGGCUCAACCGUAGCUAACCCCAUCCUCACGCGGCUGCUCCUCCCCAAAAGCCCCUCUGAGGGCGCUUACUCUGGCCGCCCACCCAAGAGCCCCACCCCUCAUGCCGCUUCUUGCUUCUCCCCUUCUGAAGGCGCGAACUCUGGCCGACCCCCCAGGAGCCCUACUCCCCUUGCCGCCUCCUGCCUUUCGCCCUCUGAAGGUGGUGCUGCUUCUUUCUCCCCCUCGGCUGCGUCACCCUCCUUCUCCCCCUUGGGCCCCAAGCAUGUUGGCGGCGGCAGUGGUGGUGGUGGUGGUGGUGGUGGUGGUGGUGGUGGUGGUGGUGGUGGUGGUGGUGGUGGUGGUGGUGGUGGUGGUGGUGGUGGUGGUGGUGGUGGUGGUGGUGGUGGUGGUGGUGGUGGUGGUGGUGGUGGUGGUGGUGGUGGUGGUGGUGGUGGUGGUGGUGGUGGUGGUGGUGGUGGUGGUGGUGGUGGUGGUGGUGGUGGUGGUGGUGGUGGUGGUGGUGGUGGUGGUGGUGGUGGUGGUGGUGGUGGUGGUGGUGGUGGUGGUGGUGGUGGUGGUGGUGGUGGUGGUGGUGGCAGUGGCAACAGUGGUGGUGGAAGGGGCAGAGGAGCAGCAGUGGGAGGAGGAGCGGUAGGAGGAGCGGCAGGAGGAGAAGGGGAUAGCCAGCCCUCUCACCCACCCAUCAACACCCGUCUUUACCCCGCCACCACUGCUGCUGCAGCUGCCACCACCGCUGCCGCCCUCGCUGCCGCUGCAGCCGCUGCCGAAGCUGCCCCCCGGCCCCGGCGGCGGGUCCUAACCUCAGGCUCGGAUGGAGCAGAGGCUUGGAGAGGAUCCUGGGGGGGAGCUGGGGGAGGGGCAGGGGGAGGAGCAGAGGGAGGCGGAGGGGGAGAAGGAGAGGGGGGAAUGGUGCUGGCGGAAGGGGGAAUGGGGCCAGGGAUGGGGAGUGGGAGGAGUGGGAGGGCGGAGAUGGGAGGAAGUGGGAGGGGAGGGGAGGGGGCAUCAGGAGCAGGGUGGGAGCUCGUGGUGGUGGAGGCUGUACCUGGGGAAGGCGCAUAUGUGCAUGCUGACGUGGCAGCACUCAAGAGACACCGGCACUAUGUGGAUCAGCUGCGGCUGGUCGACCCCGCCACUCUCUCACACACAGAGAGGCUCGUCUUCUGGAUCAACGUGUACAAUGCACUCCUGCUCUCGACGUACAUCACCAACGGCUGUCCCGACACUCACCUGCGCCGCAUUGCCCUGCUGCAGACCGCGUCAUACAGCAUUGGGGGCCAUACAGUCACAGCCACCGACAUUGAGUUUGCCAUUCUCAGAGCGCCGGCUGCUAGGCCCUCUCCUCUGGCCAAGGCACUGAACGCCACGCCCUUCCCAGCAGAUGAUCCGAGGCAGCAGUGGGUGGUGGGGGAGGCGGAGCCGCUGGUGGCGUUUGCUCUGUCGCCGGGAUCCCUCAGCGCGCCUGUGCUGCGCGCCUACCUGCCGCACUCACUGCUCUCGCAGCUGGAGCACGCCAGAGACCUCUACCUCGCCAGCUGCAUCGGCAUGACUGCUGACAACCGCGUGUGCCUCCCCCGCCUCUUAAAAUGGUGA